AUGCACAGCCCUCGUCGUGUUCAUCAUGUUCAGCCUAAUGUUCUGGCAUGCAAUUCACCUGAGCAAGCCCAGGGAACAAAUCAAAAUCAUGAAAUCUGCAUUCUCCUUCCGCUAUACACAAUCACAUCAUUCCUCUCCAUAUGUUUCCCGCAAGCCUAUACAUCCUUAGCACCCUGGCUCGACGCCUUCCAGGAAGUCGCGCUAGGCUCCUUCUUUCUACUCUUGUGCGAAUUUAUCUCAAAAGAUUCAGCUACAGAGAUAGAUAUCUUCUUCGUGGCCUUUGAAGCGCCGCAGAAAAAGGGAAAGCCUUAUAUGAUUGGACUAGAAUGGUUUCGUAAACAAUGGAUCGCUAUCUUCCAAUACCCAGUCGUCGCCCUCGGCGUCGCGAUUACAACAGAUAUCACCCAAACAGCGGGAAUCUACUGCUUAGAGAGCAACAAACCAUAUUAUGCGCAUCUUUGGUUAACCAUCAUCUCCAUUAUUUCCGUCGCAUUCGCUGUGAUGUCAGUGCUCAACUUCUACCGAGGACUACGCCAAUGUCUAAGUGGACACAAGCCGCUCAGUAAACUCUUGGCCUUCAAGCUCGUUGUCGAACCUAUCCUUUCUAGAAAGUCAAACACUCUCAACCCAACUGCCAAACUAAGCUACGCAGACGUGAACAUCGGAAUACCCAAUCUAAUAAUUUGUCUCCAAAUGGUCCCAUUUGGCCCUCUUCUUCCCAUACGCGUAUAG